AUGGCGGGAGCUAUGGAUGUGACCAUCCCUUCCAGUGGCUCGCGGAGAUCCCAGGGCCGAAGAAAGAGAAUGGUUUUGAGCACAAGCCAGCUCCGUGUCCUGCAAGCAUCGUUUGAACAGAACCCCUACCUGGGUAUAACGACCAGAGAAGAACUGGCCCAAGAGAUUGGCAUUGAAGAGUCGAGGGUCCAGG